CUCAGCCACUGCUAUAAAUAGAGGUGUAGGUUCGAGUCACCAAGUCAUGCUGAUAGAUACCACCAUUCACCAAUGGCACCCAAUGGAGAGACGCUAAUCGCUUCCUACCCAAGAAACAAGCCCGACGUUCCCCAGAGGCCUCGGAGGAUCUCAAUGGAGGGCCUUCAGAGGGCGAUAUCCGACCUCUCCUUCCAGCUCGGCAAAGAGGCUGUGGAAACAGCACUGCCGCCCAUAUCCGAGGUGGAGGACGCCAAGUGCGAGUGCUGCGGCAUGUCCGAGGAGUGUACGCCCGAGUACAUCGGUCGCGUGCGCGAGAAGUUCUCCGGGAAGUGGAUAUGUGGCUUGUGCUCGGAGGCGGUUAAGGAGGAGAUGGUGAAGAACGGAGGGAAGCAGCAGAAGGCUCUCGAGGCACACAUGAGCGUGUGCGUGAGGUUCAACAGGAUCGGGCGGACGCACCCGGUGCUCUACCAGGCGGACGCCAUGAGAGAGCUCCUGAGGAAGUCGUCGAGAGCGGGAAGGGCGCAGUCUAGCAGCCCCAGGGACAGGGAAGGGGUCAAGAAAGGGGGGAUCACGAGGAGCUCAAGCUGCAUUCCAGCCAUAACCAAGGAGAUCAACAAGUGCACAGCCCUGACCGAUCGACUCAAGCCAUGAGUGUUUUACAUGGAUGGCCAGAUUAUGUUCCUAGCUCGAGGGUUUUUUUUGGGUGCAGGGAGUGAUCACUCGUAAUUGUGACCCUUGACCUUGGUUGUUGACUUUUCUUCCUUUGUCAAUGAACCUUCUCUGUCUAUCAUCAAAGUUGACUUUUGCGCAGGGGUUAGUAUUCAACCCUGCCAUUGUCUGUCCAUUCUGUAAUGUUGGCUGAAUAUAGUUACAACAUGAAGAACAAGUAGAAGCA